AUGCAGAUUCCAGAGAUGGAGGAUGACAGGAUUAGUAAGUUGCCAGAUGAAAUCCUCGGUCACAUUAUUUCAUUUCUCCCAUCUGAAGAUGCUUUUGCAACUCGUGUACUUUCUAAGAGGUGGAGGCCACUAUGGUUUUUAUAUCCUAGUCCCAAUCUCGACUUCGAUGAUCAAAGAUUUUUCACAAAAGAAGAACCAUAUUUUAGCUUUAUUAAUAUGGUAAAUCUAACUAUUUAUGAAAGAAGUGUGCACCAACCCAUCAAAAGCUUUCGCCUACGUUGUCAUGAAUAUCAUGAUAACUCUAUGCUUGAACACAAUGUCUUGACAUGGUUAACCGCUGCAGCAGAACGUGGAGUGAAGCACAUUGACGUUCACAUUACUCUUGUUGUUCUAAAGCUAAAAGGUGUAAGUGUGAAUCAUUUUAUACCUGCUAACCUUCCCUCACUUAGAACUCUACACUUGAAAAGUGUUCAAUUUAUUGAUGAUGGGCAUAUUGUGGAAAUUCUUAAUUCUUGUCCAGUUCUUGAAGAUUUGGAAAUGAAAGAUAUAUCAACCUCAUCUAGGUCAGAUGAGUUAGAUGAAGAGGUUAAAAAAUUAACUAAUUUGAUAAGGGCGGAUGUUACUAAUGUCUCUCGUUAUGGUGUUGAUUUGGAAGUCUUAUCUAAUGUUGAGUUUCUUCGGUUAGAAGAGACGUUUGAUGUCGUUCCUGUGCUUUCCAAUUUAACUCAUUUGGAGAUCAUGUUUGGAAGAAAUAUUAGCUGGUCUUUUAUAAUUUCUGUCCUGGAAAAUUGCCCUAUACUUCAAAGUUUUCUCCUAGAUAUGUCGUUAACUACACAUGUUUUUCAUCUUUUGUGGUUCCCAUGUAUUUUGCCAGAAGGCCUUUCUUUACAGUUUAAAAGCUGCACUAUUAAAAAUUAG